AUGGCAGGACACAAGGCCCGACGCAUAGCCAAAGAUCUUGCGGACAUUCGCGCCGAUUCCGUCUCUCAGAUAUUCGCGGAGACUGUUGGCGACAGCAUCACCAACCUUCGGGGCUCUUUCAAAGGCCCAGCGGGGACACCGUAUGAAGGAGGAACGUACGAGGUCUCCAUCAAUAUCCCGAAUGAAUACCCUUUCAAGCCCCCUGUCAUGAAGUUCAUUACCAAGAUCUGGCACCCAAACAUCUCCAGUCAAACAGGUGCCAUCUGUCUAGAUACUCUUAGCACGGGGUGGUCACCGGUUUUAACGAUCAAAUCUGCGAUGAUUUCAUUGCAGUCGUUGCUCAGUUCUCCCGAGCCCAAAGACCCGCAGGAUGCGGUUGUAGCUCAGCAAUUAAUCAAGAACCCCAAGGAAUUUGAGAGACAAGCCAGAGAGUGGGCAGUCAAAUAUGCUGGGGCGCCCAAGUCAAAUAUCGGGGAGAGCAGUGGUGGCACAACAGAUCAAUCCAUCGAGCAAGCCGAGAAGGAAAGCGAGGAGAGGGAAGAAGCUGCCAACCUUGCAGUCUAUGAUGGAUACAACAAGGAUUUGAUUGAUCGCUUUGUCUUGAUGGGCUUCGACGUUGAAAGGGUAGUGGAAGCAUUCAACUAUGUUGGCAUCGACCGUAAUGGAGGACAAGACUACGAACUCGAGGAGGCGUACAUGGGCGAUAUCACAGCUAGACUGUUGGGUGAGCCGUGA